AUGGCCAUCUACAACGCUGAAUGUUCUGCCCUGCUAAACGCCACGGUUUCCGAAUGGUGUCCGGCGAUUCACGUGCUCCCAUUGAAUGAGAGUGACGUUUACGACUUUCUUGACGCGCACCCCGAUGUGCUUGUUAAGUAUUUGAAGGAGCGGGCCGGGCUGGCGGAGUCUCUUGUCAAGCCCUUGCUGCCGGGUCUUGUCAAGACCACACCGGCGCAGGACGCCGCUGGUGGGAGCGGAGUGGCCGCCCCAUCAGCGGUGGCUGACGACUCUGUUGAGGAGGAGGUCCCUGGCUUUGUGUUUGCCGGGGAACUCUUCCUCGAUGAGUCGGAAGCGGCUGAAGAAUCGUCUUCGCCCGAGUUGAUUCGGGAGACAAUUGAGAUCUCGGACGAUGAGCCCGAGGAGGUUGACAAUGGCAAGGGGGGCGCCAAAAAGCGUCCUCCACCACUGUCAAUGCCAACCUCCCAGCAGUGGCCGCCCAGAUCGCCAGUCCGGCCAUCAUGGUCGCCAAUCACACCACCACCGGCGUCUCCUUCCCCAGCAUCGCCAACGCCAUCAUCGUCGUCCUCGGAGUCGUCCUCGAAGCCAUCUUCGAAAUCGGCCGAGGAACCUGAAUCAGAACGGGAGCAAUCCGAAGAUGAGAAAUCGUCUUCUUCGGAGGAAUCGUCGGCAUCAUCCUCGAAGUCAGCCAAGGAACCUGAAUCAGAGCCGGAGCCAUCCGAAGCUGAAAAGUCGUCUUCUUCAGAAGAAUCGUCGUCUUCAGAAGACGACAGUGAUGAUGAUCUCCUGCCUUUCCCUGCCCCUCCUAACCUUGUCGCUGCCUCCAGGGAGGAAAAGCCUGGCCGGAAGUGGCGGUUGUUCGAGCAAGAGUCGUGCAUCCAACACAUGGUCAACAUCCGAGCAGAAGGCAAACUUCAGGGCGAAGCACGGUUCCGAGAAGCCCAGCGACGCAUGGCACAGCAGGACGGGGUCGUCAAGACCGGCAAGACUGCAGUCAAGAACUUCUGGAACCGGUAUGGCCGCGCCCGUUCCCUCUUCGACGAGCGCAAGAACAGAAAGGCGCCACUUUCGACCUCCAAACAGGGCAAGGCGGCCAGAGCAAAGGCAGCCAGACGCAAGGCUGCGGCCAAAAAGACCCAGCAAGCAGCGAGAAAACGUGCCAAUGGCACUAAGAAAGCCGCUUCGACCUUGACCCAGAAGGCCAAGGGAAAGCGCAAGCGAACAUACGAGACCGAUUCCGAGUCUGAAUCCGAAGAAGAAGAAGAAGAGGAUUUCGACUCACCCUUCUUUGCCCCUUCUGACGAGUCCGGGCCCGACGAGACACCGCCUCGCAAGAGAAAGAGAGACGACGAUGACGACGAUGACGAGUGGCAGCCCGACAAGGAGCUGAUCAAUGCAGUGCAAAAGGGAUUGAGAACGAGAAAAGCCCGCGUCGCUUAUUAG